GCUUGCACGGACGGGCUCUUUCCUCCGCCACACCGCCUGAUGUCAAAGGCUACAAGAAGAGGAAAUCGAACCCUGGAAAAGAUAGGGAUCCAAGCCGUUCCGAGGGGAGCCGAGAACGAAAAUCAGGCAAAACGGUGUUGUUUUUCUGAGAAGCUUGGCUAAAGAUCAGAACUCGGGAAGCUAUGCCAUCUCCUUCAGCACCUAUUCGUGUUGGUGUUCCGCCACCCUAUGUAACAUCUCAUGGAGCUAGAGUUGCAAGGCUACAUAUGUAUGACUGGAUUGUACUGAUUCUUCUAGCUGUGGUGGACGGAGUACUAAAUAAAAUAGAACCAUUCCAUCGGUUUGUUGGGUCAGACAUGAUGACAGAUCUCAGAUAUCCCAUGAAAGACAACACAGUGCCAUUUUGGGCGGUGCCGAUAUACGGUAUCAUUGGACCUAUGCUUAUCAUGACCGUAAUAUACUUCCGGAGGAGGAAUGUGUAUGAUCUGCAUCAUUCUAUACUAGGUCUUCUAUUUUCAAUGGCUAUAACUGCGGUUUUAACUGAUGCAAUUAAGGAUGGUGUUGGUCGACCACGUCCAGAUUUCUUUUGGCGCUGUUUUCCUGAUGGAGUGCCUGCCUAUGACAACUUCACUACGGGCGUCCUAUGUCAUGGUAAAGCCAGUGAUAUGAAAGAAGGUCACAAGAGUUUUCCAAGUGGUCAUACUUCUUUGUCUUUUGCUGGCCUGGGGUUCUUGUCAUGGUAUCUGGCUGGUAAAAUCAAAGUUUUUGAUCGAAGAGGCCAUGUUGCAAAGCUCUGCAUUCCUCUACUCCCUCUGCUUUCUGCAGCCUUAGUAGCUGUUUCUCGAGUAGACGACUAUCGGCAUCACUGGCAAGAUGUUUGUACUGGUGGAAUUUUAGGACUGGUGGUUGCUUCUUUGUGCUAUCUGCACUUUUUUCCACUACCAUGUGACGAAAGUGGCCUAUGGCCUCAUGCAUACAUCCGGCAUGUUCAUAACCUGGAAGGUGGACACACAAGUGUAACCCACAGCGAUGGAUCACCAAAAAUCGGCGCUGAACGGUUUGUUUGAAGGUCCUGAUGGAUUGGAGAACCCCAGGCACUAGAUUUCUAGGAAGCUGGUUGGAGAUAGCAAUGACGGAACUGUUGCUAAAUACCUGACACGUGUUCAGUAGAACCUGAAAACCAGCUGAGACACGUACUAAUGUACUAUGGAUAUCUUUCAGGUCCCCUCAGAACAUAGUGUAGUAUAACAUAUUGGCAUAUGGCACUACGAAGACAAUUUUCAGGAUGCUAGCCAAUACUGGUUUUGGCAUGGGGAAAAACUUCAUUGUAUAAUGCUGAUGAUUUGUGACCUCUCUGCUUUGUAACUGUAGGCUGUAACAAGUAGGCGAUGUGAUUUUUGACUAUCAUUGUUAGUGUUAGCCUUGAAGGUAAAU